UUGUUUUUUGUGUUGUUGUUAAAAGUCAAAAUUAUUUAAAAUUUUAUUACAAAAGAAAAAUACUCAAAGCUUUCCUAUGGUUCUGUAUGAGAAUUUCAACACUUCAAACCAAUCAUCACCACAUUUUGAAAAACAUGAAAACUUUGUCAUUGAUUUAAAAUCGCCUGGUUGUACUGUUGUACAAACUCUCAAAUACGAAGACCGAUGCAGAUUUGUAGAAACCACUCAUGAAUGCCAGGAAUAUCAACUUAUUGACUACACCCAUUUCUUCUACUGCACAAUCAAUGCCCGACAUUGGACUGAAGAAGUCUUCGGAGUAUUUCUUUUAUUUCUAGUUUGUCUCUAUAUGUUUGCCUUCGUUGGAACUACCACUGAUAAAUUUUUCUGUCCGCCACUUAAAAUGAUUGCGAAAAAAUUCGGAAUCAGUGAGAAUUUUGCUGGAGUAACACUUCUAGCAUUCGGAAACAGUGUUCCCGAUAUAGUUUCGAGUUUGGUUGGUGUUACAGAAGAAGGUGGAACAUUGUACUCAGACUUGAUGGGAUCAGCAAUGUUCAUAACAGCCUUUAUUUCCGGAACAAUUGUGUGGUUGAAGCCGAUGCAGGUUGAGGCUGCAACUUUUACACGAGACAUUUCAUUUCAUAUUUUAGCUGUGGUUUAUAUCGACUAUGCUAUUAGAAGCAAUCGAUACAUUACGAUAACUGAAAGUGUUAUGAUUCUCAGUAUAUACGUUUUCUAUUUUACAAUUAUCGUCAUGGAUCAGGUGAUUCUAGUUCGAACUUUGAAAAACCUUCAGAAGAAGCUGAAGCAACAAGACAACAUUACUGAUGCUCAAGCCAGAAGGCUUAAAAAGCUCGAAGAAGAAGCUGGAAUCGAAAUUGUCUUCAAGCCUCGUCCUGGUAUGAAACAUUACAUUGGCGAAUCAACUGAAUUAAGUACUGAUGCAACAAAUGAGAAAAUGUUUCUGCAAUUAUUUCGUACCUUGAAUCCAGUCAAUAUCGAUGAUUGGCGUCAAAGUGGAUUUUUUUCCAAAUUUUGCAUUGUCUACGAAAUUCCAAUUAAUAUAAUUCUUUUUACUCUGGUCCCGGCAGUGGAUUAUAAUGUCGAACAGGAUGGAUGGUCAAAGUUGUUAAAUUGCUUGCAAAUUGUCUUAAUGCCUGCGGCUAUAUGUGCAGUGACACUUCAAGAGCAAACGAUGUUUGGCUUUUCAAUGCCAAUUUUUACGAUGUUUUUGACGACACCAAUUUGCGUGGUGGUAUUUUUGAUAACCAAAACUAACAAACGGCCACCAUUCCAUAUCGCCUAUUCAUUUUUUUCAAUGAUUGGUUCGGUUUUUCUUGUUCGAAUUUUCACAAGAGAAAUCAUUUGUGUGAUUGAUGUUGUGGGAAUCAUAACGUUCAAUAGUCAAUCGUUUUUGGGUUGUACUGUUUUGACAUGGGGUGAUCAAAUUGGUGACUUGAUUGCAUCAAUAGCUAUUUCUCAGCAAGGCUAUCAGAAAAUGGGAUUGGCUGCCUGCGUUGCUGGGCCAUUAUUUUAUCUAACUAUAGGAUUGGGUGGAACUUUCUUAUACAAGACAUUAGACAAUGAAGAUCACGUCUUUUUGGUGACUCAAGGAUCGAUGGGAGAAAAUUGUUCAGUAUUCUUGAUGAUCAAUUUAAUUCUAUUCUUAUUUGCUACUUUGUCAACUAAUUUUUAUGUUCGUCGAUCAAUUGGAAUUAAUUUAGUAAUAAUCUAUGGACUAUAUUUUUUUUAUUGUGUACUUGGUGAAUAUCAAAUUAUUCAUUCAUUUGGAACAGAUCAUUCAGAAGAUUAUGGAUUAAUUUACUUAUAACUUUUUUGUUAUGGAAAUAAAUAUUUUUGCAUUUUAAUAAAUACAAU